AUGACUAAAACAGAAUCGGAUGGUGUUAGUAUGCUUCACUGUUUAUUUUUUACUUUUUUUUCGUGAUUUAACAGGAUCUACUUGAAAAUUUUGGUGGAUACGUGUGCAUCGCCAAACAAAAUGAACAUUUCUUAUAUUGAUUUGGUCGAUCAGUUGAAGCACGCUGGGAAACUUUGGUAUCUUGUUAACCCCUAUGAGACAACCUUCGAAUUCCCGUACAAAGUACCUGAUUAUCAGCAGAAGGUAUGGUUACCAUUCUUCGUUCUCAUCAUACUGGAGCAAAUUAUAUUGGUGUCCAAAAAAAACCGAUUCCGUUUGAACGAUCAAAUGACAUCCUUAUCUCACUGGUUGUUUCAAGAAUCUGGCCGUAUUGUCUUCCGCGGUGCCGAAUAUUACGCGUACAUCGUAAUUAACGAGAGAUAUCGCUGGUGGAAUCUACCCUGGGAUUCAACAUGGACUUGGUGUAUCACUGCCGUGGGGGUGGAUUUCUGUUACUAUUGGGUUCACCGCAGUAACCACGAGAUACACUUUUUAUGGGCUCACCAUCAAGUGCACCAUAGCAGCGAGGAGUUCAAUCUUGCGGUUGGUCUGCGGCAAUCCAUUUUGCAACACUGGUGUAACUUCAUAUUAUAUUUACCCCUCGCCUUAUUUAUACCUCCAUCGCAUUUCAUUGCACAUAAUCAAUUCAAUUUAAUUUAUCAAUUAUGGAUUCAUACGACUGUCAUCGAUGAUAUGGGACCGUUAGAAUUAAUAUUCAAUACACCGAAACAUCAUCGCGUGCAUCACGGUUGCAAUUUAUAUUGCCUGGACAAAAAUUACGGCGGCGUUCUUAUCAUAUGGGACAAGCUAUUUGGAACAUUUAUGGAAGAAAAAGAAAAGGAGGAAAUCAUUUAUGGCUUAGUCGUUAGUCCUCAAUCUUUCAAUCCUUUGUAUUUACAGACAUUUUAUACUAUACAGUUAAUUCAAAAAAGUUUACGGAUGUCAACUUUUAUGGACAAAUUGGCUGUUUUUUGGAAAGGUCCCAGCUGGUUUCCAGGUGGUCCUCGUUUAGGUCUUGACGAAUACAAAAUUAACGUCACGUCUAGGGUUAAAUUUGACACCCAUAUAUCCGCAUGGCAAAAUUUCUAUAUACUUGUGCAUUUCUGCCUAGUUUUCUACCAUCAUCUUCAGUUAUACGACGAAGUACAGGAAUCAAAGACCACAUCUUCCGGAUCUAUAUUUCUCAGCAAUUUGUUCGCUCUUACCACAAUUGGUUUAUUGCUCGACAAAUCAUCCUAUGCUGGUAUAAUAGAGUUCAUCCGAUGCUUUGUCUACUUGAGUUUAUCAAUAAUACAUAAUUCAAUAGAUGUAUACAUGCAUUAUGUAUAUAUUAUUUCUUGCUGCAUCUGGAUUUUGUAUUUUCUUUGUAAAGUAAAAUUAAAUUUAACAAAUAUACGAAAAUAA